UUUUUCUUUUAGAUUUAUUUUAUCAAAUUUUAUGGCCCAGACUCGAAGUGGAGCGAAAGCAGCCGCAAACAAACACGACCGUAGGUAUCGCUCGUCAUUGCCUGAUUCAUUUAUGCAGCGCGCCCAGCGUAAUCAACGUUCUACAACUCCGAGAGAAAUGAAAGGGAAAAGUUCGGGGAAUUUUAUUCAGAGAUUUUUUGGUUUCUUCAUUUCUCUUUGUGUAAAUUAUAUUGAAUAUGAUUGUCAAUUAAAACAUUCUCAACUUGCAAGGAUGGGGGAUCACGUUUAUUCUGCCAUAGAUGCUUCUUGGUUAGAUCAACUUUGCAUGAGCAAGUUUUGGAAUUACAUUGUUCAAUGGUACCCACUUUGGUUGGCACCUAAUUUAAUAACGCUGAUUGGUUUGUUGAUCAACCUCGUCACUGUACUUAUCCUUUCUCAUUUUUGUUAUUCUGCGACAGAACAAGCCCCAUCUUGGGCAUAUUUCCAAGCUGCAAUUGGCCUUUUUCUUUACCAGACAUUGGAUGCUACAGAUGGAAAACAGGCGAGGAGAACUCAAUCUUCUUCCCCUUUGGGGGAACUUUUUGAUCACGGCUGUGACUCUUUAACUCAAGUUUUUGUAACUUUAAAUGUUUGUUAUGCAAUGCAGUUAGGAACUGAACGUCACAUGGUUUUGACUGUUAUGAUUUUUUCAAUUUCUUUGUUUUACACUGCACAUUGGUCAACUUAUUGUACUGGACAGCUUAGAUUUUCAAAAUUUGAUGUUACCGAAGCCCAAAUGACUGUUAUUGGAAUUCUUUUAUUUACUUCUGUUAUUUUUGGUUGGCAACUAAAAACUAUUUGUAUGCUUGUUUGUCUUGUUGGAGCAAUAUGGCAAUUUUUUGGUUAUAUGAAUGUUAUUUUUAAUGAAGGAGUAGGGAAAAAUGGAUCUACUGUUGCGGACACUUCAGUAAUUUGUCCAUUAUCUCCAUUAUUGGCUGUGUGUAUUCCCUUUUUAAUGCUUUAUUGUAAAUCAACGUCCAGAGUUUAUGAUCAAAAUAUUACUUUACUUUGUCUUUGUUUUGGUGCAAUUGGAGCUAAAGCUACUAAUCGUUUAAUAAUUGCUCAUAUGAGCCGUUCUGAAUUGGAAGUUUGGGAUUGGAUUUAUUUAAGUCCCUUCAUUAUGAUAUUGAAUCAGUAUUAUGAUUAUAUUGUAGAUGAAUAUUUGUUGCUUUUGGUUGCUACGAUCUAUGCUCAUAUAAGUCUCAUAAUUUUUUGUAUUCUUAUCUGUCGACAAUUCUGUGAAUAUUUACAAAUUAGUUGUUUUCAAAUUGGACAUUUUAAAAGGCAGAAAUCGAAUGAUGUUGGUACAUCAAAUAACGAUGGACGUAAGGACCAGAAUCUUCAUGUUGAAUGACAAGAAAUUUAAGAAUAUAUUUUUUAGUAUCUCAAUUUUAUCAUU